AUGGAUAGACAGGUGGAACCGGCCGGCGGGGAUCUGGCGCGCUCGCCCAAACGCCAGAACUCUAGCCUCUACGACCGGGUGCGGAGCAAGCUGUGCCGCUCGCUCAGCAGCGGCUCGACGCUCGAAGCCGACUUCCAGUACCUGCCGGGCCAGGCGACCGCCGAGCCGCAGGCCGGAUGUUGCGGCGCGCCACGCGCCGGCCCAGCCUCACCGGAGCCGACCGAGCCGGCGGCGGCGCGGCGCGAGAGCGAGCUCGAGUCAGACCUACGUGCCUGGGAGGAGCAGGGCGCCCGCCAGACGUGGAAACGCAUCGUCGAGUUCUGCAAACAGGACGGCGAGCCAUUCGUGGACGACUCGUUCCCGCCAGCUGUACGCAGUCUGUACUACGCUGGCUCCGAGGGCGGCGAGCGGCCAGACGUGCAGUGGCUGCGGCCGCGCCAGAUCCGGGCCGAGAGCGCCGCGUCGCGCUGGACCGUGUUCCGCCGGCCGCAGCCUUCCCACAUACAGCAGGGCAUUUUGGGCAACUGCUGGCUGCUGAGCGCGCUGGCCGUACUGGCCGAACGCGAGGAUCUCGUGCAGAAUGUGAUGGUCACCAAGGAGUUCUGCGAGCAGGGUGUCUAUCAGGUUCGGCUCUGUAAGGACGGCCAGUGGCAGACGGUGCUCGUCGAUGACCUGCUGCCCUGCGACGCCAAGGGCCGCCUCGUCUACUCCCGGACCAAGCACCGCCAGCUGUGGGUGCCGCUGAUCGAGAAGGCCGUGGCCAAGGUGCACGGCUGUUACGAGGCGCUGGUGUCGGGCCGGGCCACCGAGGGCCUGGCCACGCUCACCGGGGCCCCCUGUGACAGCAUCGCGCUUCAGGUGUCCUCGGUGCCGUGCGAGGCCGAGGAGCUGGACCGCGAGCUGAUCUGGGCCCAGCUGCUGAGCUCGCGCGCCGCUGGCUUCCUGAUGGGCGCCUCAUGCGGCGGCGGCAACAUGAAGGUGGUCGACGCAGACUUCAAGAAGAUGGGACUGCGGCCUCGCCACGCGUACUCGGUGCUGGACGUGCGGGAGGCGGCCGGCUACCGGCUGCUGCGGCUGCGCAACCCAUGGGGCCACUUCUCGUGGUGCGGCGAGUGGAGCGACGCCUCCGCCAGCUGGACGCCCGAGCUGCGCGCCGCCCUGCGCACCAGCGCCGACGGCGACGGCGGCGGCGUCUUCUGGAUCAGCUACGACGACCUGCUGAGGUACUUCGACUGUAUCGACAUCUGCAAGGUCCGGCACGACUGGCACGAGGUCCGGCUCACCGGGUGGCUGCCGCCGCUCAGCUCCGCGCGCCACCUGUCGGCCUACCUGCUGACUGUGCCGGAGCCGGCCGAGGUGGAGCUGACGCUGUUCCAGCAGGGGCAGCGCAACUCCAAGAAGGCGGCCCGGCUCCAGCUGGACCUGUGCGUGGCCGUGUUCCGGGCGCCGGCGCGGCCGCCGUACACGCCCGGUGCGCUGGUGCAGCACUCGCGGCGACAGGUCCGCGGCUUCGUCGGGUGCAACGCCAUGCUCGAGCCGGGAAACUACCUGGUCUGCUGCCUGGCGUUCAACCACUGGCAGACGGUUGCGGCCGGCUCCGAGGAGCAGUACCCGCGCCACGUGCUGGCGCUGCACGCCGGCCGCCACCUGGCCGUGGAGCGCGCGCCGGCCGAGCCGCACCAGCUGGCGGAUGCUAUCGUGCAGCUGACGCUGGCUCGCGGACAGCGACACGAGGGCCGCGAGGGAAUGACGACCUACUACCUGACCAAGGGCUGGGCCGGCCUGGUGGUCAUGGUGGAGAAUCGCCACCCGGACCGCCACAUCCAGGUGACGUGCGACUGCAGCAACAGCUACAACGUGGUGUCGACGCGGGCCGAGCUGCGCACGGCCGAUGCCGUGCCGCCGCUGCACCGGCAGGUGAUCAUAGUGCUGACUCAGCUGGAGGGCAGCGGCGGCUUCUCCAUCACGCACCGGCUCACCCACCGCGUCUCUUUGUCGGCCGGCCUGGCCGACUGGGGCCCGGCCGGCGCCGCCCACGUGCCAGCCAUAGGCCCUGACGUGGUCGGCCUGCACGGGCCGCGGCCAAUCUGAGGGCGGGUCAGGUCAGGUCAGGGUGCGACGGACGCGGGACAGGCCGGAGUUCUGAGAUGUAGCUGAUUCUUUCGGUCUGACCGCGUAAGGCCCGGUCCAGUCAGGCUCGCCCGGGCAGACCAAGGGCAGACCAGACCAGACCAGACCAGACCAGACCGGACCGAGGGUCUGAUCGGCCUUGACGGCCCGACGCCGUCCUCUCAGCUCUCAGGGAGUGCGUAGUCGUCGGGUAGUGGCGCCAGCCGUCCUGUAGGUAGACGCAGAAGCUGCCGCGGCGGAGGCCGAGCCCCGCGGCGUGGCGCUGCGCCCGCCGCCGGGAUGCGGGGCGGGCGCUCUGCUCUGUAUCGGUCGUGAACGAGGCUGGGAUUCUGCUCUGCCAGCCGGCUUCAGCGCGCGGUCAGUGUGUGUAGGCAGAUGACAUGAGCCUGUGAGGAGAAGCAAUGGUGUUGCACCGAAGAUUGUAGGAUAUGAAUUGAGACCACCGCUAUUUGCAUGUGAUGUAUGUGUUGCGUUUGUAUGUCGUCCCAUUUAUAUCGCCUUUAUGCGUGUGUGCUGAUCAGACGUGCUCAAGAGAGCUGACAGGUUAGGGUAUGGAAGUCAGGUCCAGCAGUCUAGUGACGCCUUGGGGUCCUUGCUAAAGGUACUAACUCCCGUAAGGUAUGUGAACUGCGAAAGGUACGGACUUAAGGUAUGCGAAUUGUAGGCGUUUCGUCCAAUCCAGUAUUAAGCGAUUAUUAGUGGAUGGUGUGAUUACGCAGUUUAUCUUACUGAUUCAUGUUUGAUGGAAGGCUGUAUCCACCUGAAGCAGCGACGCACCGAACUAUCUCACCGAGGCUAUAUGGUUGUGUUUUGUUAGCAGUGUUCCCGCAGUGCACAUUGCUGUUGUCACGAUCCAGGAUUCGUUGCGUAUCGUUGUCUCACGUUGUGAUGACGCUUGACGUUCUCCGGCUGUCUAUGUCUGCAUCAUUGUGUGCCAACCCCGCCGCACCGCCAGUCCCUCGCUCACCGGGCCGUGGUGUUUAUCCCGCGCCGUCCGCUGCUGGUGACACCUGUCGGCGCCGCCAGGCUACUGUGCUUCCCAUGGCCGCUGAUGGUGGCGCCACCUGGCACCCGAUGGGCCAUUUUGUUUCCGUCGCCGUUCGCGCGUGCUGCAACCUGUCCCGCGGUUCGGUGUCCGUCGCUCUGCAGGGGCUGACGCCGCUUCUGCCCUCCCGUCCUGCUGCUGCUGGUUCGCGCGUCAGCAGUCCCCAGGGCGACAGCAGUGACAGUGAUUCCCCGUACGUCUGCGACAGCAGCGACAGUGGUCCCCCGUGCGUCUGCGACAGCGAUGACAGUGGUCCCCCGUACGUCUGCGCCCACCAGAGAUCUCGUUCUCCACAUCGCUGGAGGAUCUCAGACGAUGGGGAGGCCACACACACACACAGGCUACACGCGGAUGCGGAUGACAUUUAAGGGACAUGGCGCGGACGGACUGGGUUCGAUACGCCUCGCAGGCUUGCCGGGCGCUUCUACCUCCUUGUGCUUCGCCAUACUGAGGGUUGCGCACGCGUUUUAUUUUGGUCAUGAUGCGCUGUUUAAUGCAUCUCCGUGAUUUACGCCAAGUUCAUGGCCGCUCAUAGUUGCAUCCGUUUGCGCUAAAGCGCAACGUUUCAUCAGCUGAAUGCAUCAUGCAAAUCGGCACCACCAAUCACUACCUGAUUGAUCAGUAUUGCCUCGAGAUAGUCAGCUAUACCACCAAGAUGUAGUUCGGCUUGAUUUUUUUCAAGUGAUUAGUCACAGGCUGUUUCUGUGGCUGCCCCGGCGCCAUUUUGUGGAAGUUUUCGCAUCGCUAAACUGACGUUGCUUAGACUGUGAAAUAGCCGCUACUGCCGUCUGGUCUGGGAUGCGCGAGCGCUGCUUCGGCGGAGAAAUUUGUCAACUUUGAUUUAGAACAGAGUAGCAGGCAGAUAAUCAAAAGCGAAUACGGCUUUGCUCGUCACGCGAUGCUGUCCACGCUCGGAUCCGCCCUGUGGACGCUGGAGCCCCUUGCGUACUGCUGCACUUAGAGCGUAGCGUGACAUGGCAGCGGGUGUCGACCCGCGCCAGCCGAGGCGCCGCCGCCGCCCUCAGCCGCCGUUAGACACGACGGCGCGCCGUCUGGCGCUAGACGAGACGUCGGCCUCGUUGCCGGUGGACCUCGCUCGCGGUGGUGCUCGCGCUGUGGUCGCCGAGAGCCGCGGCGCCGCCGACCUGACCUCGAUUUGGCCAGUAUCUGUUGUGUGUGGGCGCGUCUGGUGACUGCGGCUCGCACGUCGCCGUCGCGGGACGGGGAGGUGCGUGUGUGUGUGUGUGUGUGUGUCACACAGGUCCAGUGGGUCUCCCGGGCCCUCGGACAGGGGCGGGCUGUGAGCCAGCGGGUCUCCUCAACCCCGCCGCGUCACCAACGCUGAGCACCAAUGCCUGCGAGUGGUUAGAUCCCCGUCGCGACGGUAAGGCAUCGGCUGACGCGGCGCUCGCAGCGCGGGCCGCUCGCGGUCCCGACCAGGGGUGGGCGGCGUCAGGGAGCGCAGCCCAGCUGAGAGGCGCCGGGCUGCGCGUCGGCAGCGAGCCGUCCGUCCGUCAUCGAUGGCCUCCGCCGGCACCACGUCAGGGGUGUCAGCCACCGGCGGCCCCGCCCGGCCGCUGCCGACGCCGAGCGUCGCGGGCCGGAGCGUCCUGCUCCCGCCUGCUUCACAGCCGGCGGUGGUGGAUCGCUCCGCGCUGGACGCGGCGGCGACGGCAGCCAGACGGCCGCUGGUGGCUCUGUACACGCUCUGGCUUGGGGCGCCGGCCGAACCGUAUGAAGAAGACGUGGUGUUUGUAUUCUGUCAACCCGUGUGUGUCGUUGGCGAGUACUCUUUUCACCAGUGCGUGUAAUACAUGCCUUUUAUGAAUG